AUGCAAAUCCUCCUUCUAGGCGCAACCGGCCGCACAGGUCUCCUAGUCCUCAAAGAAGCCCUCUCCCGCAACCACAACGUGACAGCGCUCGUGCGCUCCCCGUCCGCCCUGGAGACAAGUCUCGGCGACCACCCCAACAAGGCCAACCUGACCACGAUCACCGGCUCCCCACUGAGCGCAAGCGACAUAGCCACCGCCCUCGCCGCGUCCCCGUCUCCCGUCGACGCGGUGCUGUCGACGCUCAACCCGCGCCGCGCCUCCGACAGCCCCUUCGCCGCCGUGCACCCGACCGACUCGCCGCCGCGCAUGAUGGCCGACAGCAUGGCGGGUGUAUUGACGGCGCUCUCUGAGGGACAGGAAGGCGGGAGAAAGGCCAAGGUCGUCGCGCUCAGCGCCCUUGGCGCCGGGUCCUCGGCGGCCCAGACCAACUGUCUGCUGCGGCUGCUGUUUCGAAAGAGUAACAUGCUGUUCACGUACGAGGACCACGACGCGGUGGAAGAGGAGCUGCGAGGGGCGCAGGGCACAGAGCGGGAGGUCGCAUAUGUGCUCGUGCGGCCAACGCGGCUGGUCGAGGGUGAGGCAGGGGUUGCGAGAGUAUUUGGGGGUGAUGGGGUCGUUGGUAUGCUGGAGACUAUCUCACGGGGUGCUGUGGCGAGGUUCCUCGUUGAUGCCGCGGAGGGAAGCGAGUGGGAUGGGAAGGCGCCUAUUAUUGUUGGGUGA